CAAUUUCAAACACCCAAAAUGAGAAUUUUCCCAUAAAAAUUGAGUAGAAAAGUUGAUGCAAAAUAUCUUGGGUGGUGGUGACGUCCUCUUACCUUAACAUUUCGUUAUUAGAUCGCUCCUUUAUUUUCCUUUUCUCCGCUUUGCUUCGAUCUGGGUUCUUCGUUCUCGUCAAUUGAAUUUUUGUCCAGCGGUUGAACAAGAUCAAAUCAAUGGCUGCUCCACCUGCUAGGGCUAGAGCCGAUUACGAUUAUCUUAUUAAACUUCUCUUGAUCGGUGAUAGCGGUGUGGGUAAGAGUUGCCUUCUGCUGCGUUUUUCUGAUGGAUCUUUCACCACAAGUUUCAUAACAACCAUUGGCAUUGAUUUUAAGAUACGAACCAUUGAACUCGAUGCCAAACGUAUCAAACUUCAAAUAUGGGACACGGCUGGUCAGGAACGCUUUCGAACAAUUACUACUGCUUAUUACCGUGGAGCCAUGGGCAUUUUGCUGGUGUAUGAUGUCACUGACGAGUCAUCUUUUAACAAUAUAAGGAACUGGAUCCGCAAUAUCGAACAGCAUGCUUCAGACAACGUGAACAAGAUUUUGGUUGGUAACAAGGCAGACAUGGAUGAGAGCAAAAGGGCUGUUCCUACCUCGAAGGGGCAAGCCCUGGCUGAUGAGUAUGGUAUCAAAUUCUUUGAAACAAGUGCUAAGACAAACUUGAAUGUGGAGGAGGUCUUCUUUUCAAUAGCAAGGGAUAUUAAACAGAGACUUGCAGAAUCUGACUCCAAGGCUGAGGCUCCUGGUGGGGGACUUAAGAUCAGUGCAACAGACUCAGGUGCCCCAACCCCAGCUGCUCCCAAGUCGGCUUGCUGUGGCUCUUAAGCUAAUUAGCGGAUUUUUGGCAGAGGAUUUCAAGGAGUUUGCCCGGGAAAACUAUUUCUGAUGCAGUGUCCACGGGUGCGCUUGUAGCUCUCCUAAUCAUUAAUUUCUGCUAUCAUUUCCAGUGUGAAUGGUAGUUUACUUGUAUGCCAAAUUUAUAUUGAUAUCUUUAUCUCUUUACUAUGUUGUUCACUCUUCAGACCUCACUGAGAGAACUUCUGCUUAAUUCAUGUAGAAAGUAAAAGCCCACUCGUUUUUAAACAUUUUGGAAACUAACGAUGGAUCCAUUUUGUGUUUAUGGAUCCGUUUAAGGCGUUGUUCUUGUAAAUUUACUUUAAAGCAGUACUAGUCUUUUCUGAAUGGUGAUGUUUUUAGCGGUUAAACAGAAAGUUUUUGUAAUUCAUUUUUAUGCA